AUGUCAUUAAAUACAGAUAGUAAUAAUAAUUCCAAAUUACCAAAUUAUAUAAUAAAGCCAAUAUUAUAUAAUUAUAUUAAUAAAGCAACAUCCAAUGUAUUAGUGUUUGAAACUAUAUAUAUUAUUUCACAAGUUUGCAAAGAAUGGAGGGAAAAUAUAUUACCAAAGUUAGUUUUCAAAAAGUUUAAAAUAUAUACAGAGAAUUCAUUUUAUCAGUUGUUUUUUAUAAUGACAAGAUUUAAUAUCGAUUUUCAAUCAAUUUCAAUGGAUUUAGAAUUUUGGCCAAAUAUUAGAAAAUAUUUAAUAGAUAACAACAGCGAUAGUGGUAUAGAUGAUGAAAUCAAAUUUAUAGAUCUAGAUGACAAUUGUAACAAAGAAUUAAAGAAAUAUUUUUACCAAAAUAAAGAAAAAAGAAAAGGUUUUUUAAAUGUUUUCACAGAUAAGGUAUGCUCUGCAAAUUUAUUGUGUUAUUAUUUUCAAGGUUAUGAACUAUUAGAAUUCAAAAAUCUCAAGAAAAUUAUAAUAUUCAUUGAUGACGAAUAUCCAAUUCAAUCAUUCAUCAAGGCAUUAUCAAGCAUAUUUGAAAAGGAAGGAGAUAAUAGGGAGUGGGUCAAUAAAACAUUAAAAAAUAUUCAAAUUUAUUCAGAUGACAAUAUCGAUUUUUCAGAUUCAGUAUUAAAAAAGUUUUUUAAAGGUCUUAAAAGUAUCGAAGCUCUAAUUUUCUCAUCACAUACAACCGUAUCACUGAGAAAUAUAGUAAAGUUGUUAGAUCAUCAAUCUGGAAAUAACAAUUUUAAGAGAUUAAGUUUUAAGAAUUGUUCAAUCCCUAGAGAAGAGCUUUAUCAACUAUACGAAAGAAAUCAAACGAUAGAGUCAUUAAAAUUGGGCGGUAUGCUAGAAAAUGGUGCUUACAACGAUGCAAUUAUUCCACUUUCAGGAGAUUCAAAGAUUAAAGAGUUCAGCCUCUUUAAUGAUUACCCAACUAUAUUGAACUUUUCAAUUAUUGCAAACGUUUUAAAUUGUAACAAGGUUUUAUCAGGUUUUUCAAUUUACACAAUUGUCAGUGAUGAUACAAAUGAAAUGGACAGUGUUGGCACAGAUGGAGAUGACAACGAUAUAGUUAUCAAAAACGAAACAUUGGCUUACCUAAGCCUAUUAAGCAAAACCGAUAGAAUCAUAUUUGAAAAGGGCCAGUUCAAUAAUUUAAAGGGUUUAAAGUGCUCAAUAUCCGAAAAGAUGAUAAGGAAUUUAUCAAUGAACAACAAAGAAUCUUUAGAAAACCUUUUUGUAUUCGAUUCUAUAGAUUCAUCAUUAGAAACUAAAAAGAAUUUCGAACUUUUAACAAGUGGCAGCGAUGAUGGUUCAGGCGGGUAUUUAGGUCAAUUUAAAAAUUUAAAAACUUUCGAAAUUUCAUUAGAAGAACGGUCAAGUGUAGUAAAUUGGGAACCUCUUUUCAAAAGUGUCACAUCUCCCUUUAUAUUUUUAAACGAGCUAAGCAUUUCAUCAUUAACUCAUAUCCAAGAGAGUUUAAUAUCAGAUUUCUUUUUAUCAAAUCAUCCAACCAUAAAGAAAAUAAGGCUAUCUUUAAGAUAUACAGUCAAGGAUUGGUCAUUAGUUUUGGAUCCAAUUUGUAGAAACAAAACAUUAACUAGUGUUCACAUUAAUUCCAAUCUUUUAAAUGGUUCAAAUUAUAAUUGUACAAGAUCAUUCAUCGACAUUAUUCAGCAAAACAACUCUUUAGAAGCUCUUACCAUUUCAAUUAGAGAUAGUUUGCAAUACACUCAAUUAGAUUUAAAGGACUUAUCAUCUGCAAUUUUAUCAAACAGUUCUUUAAAAUAUUUACAGUUCCCAUACAAUCUUAAUAAAAAUCCUUUAAUUUUUAACUCAAUAAAAUAUAAAAUAAUAAAAACAAAUUAUCAUUUUAAUUAA